UCAGCCUUCCUGAGGAGAGUCUGAGCGAGACCACCAGCUCUCACCUGACAGGGGAGAACAUCACUCUAGAGCUGAGCUUCAAGAACAUCUCCAGCCAGGAAGAGGGGGUGUACAUCUGCCAGGCAGAGAAUAUAAACACUGGAGUGCAGCACUGCCUCAUCAAGAGACUCUCAGUGAAAGAUCUACAGGCCCCAGCAGUUGUGACAAAUUUAACUGACCAGAGUGUGAAUAUCAGUGAAACAAUUGCACUGACCUGCAACGUGAGUGGGACACCGACACCAAAUAUCACAUGGAUGAAAAAUAACAAGACACUGAUAGAGGACUCUGGCAUUGUUCUUACACAACAGAACAGAACUCUGACAAUCCAGCGAGUCAAGAAGGAAGACAGAGGCCUAUACAUCUGCAUGGCCUGUAAUAACCAGGGAUGUCACAUGACACAGGCCUAUCUCAUAGUUGAAGGUGCAGAGGAGAAGACAAAUGUGGUGCUCAUUAUCCUUAUUGGCAGCGGGGUGAUUGCCAUGUUCUUCUGGCUUCUUCUAGUGUUCAUCAUCCGAACCAUAAAGAGGUCGAGUGGAGGCGAAUUAAAGACAGGCUACUUGUCAAUCAUUGUUGAUCCUGACGAAGUACCUAUGGAUGAGCAGUGCGAGCGACUGACAUAUGAUGCCAGCAAAUGGGAAUUCCCCCGAGAUAGACUUAAGCUAGGGAAGCCCCUUGGUCGUGGUGCGUUUGGUCAAGUUGUGGAGGCUGCAGCCUUCGGCAUUGAUAAAACCACUACGUGCAAAACAGUCGCUGUAAAGAUGCUGAAAGAGGGAGCCACUUCAAGUGAGUACAGAGCCCUGAUGUCAGAGCUGAAGAUACUAAUUCACAUUGGGCAUCACCUCAAUGUUGUGAACAUCCUUGGAGCAUGCACCAAACUAGGAGGUCCUUUGAUGGUGAUCGUAGAAUGCUGCAAGAAUGGCAACCUAUCAAACUACUUAAGAAGCAAAAGAGGAGAAUAUACUCCCUACAAGCAACAGAGCAAAGCCCUCAAAUUGAAGCAAGCAAAAACCAGUAUGAACGAGUUGAGUGUUGAAAUGACACAUCGCUUGGAUACUAUUGCAAGCAGCCAGAGCUCUGGCAGCUUAGGAUUUACAGAGGACAGAUCGCUCAGUGACCUGGAAGAAGAAGAAGAGGGAGCGGAAAGCCUCUGCAAGACUCCCCUGACAAUGCAGGACCUGGUUUGCUACAGUUUCCAGGUAGCCAGGGGAAUGGAGUUCCUGGCAUCACGCAAGUGUAUCCACAGGGACCUUGCGGCUCGCAAUAUACUCCUGUCAGAAAACAAUGUGGUGAAGAUUUGUGACUUUGGACUGGCCCGGGAUGUCUACAAAGACCCUGAUUAUGUCCGCAAAGGAGAUGCUCGGCUUCCUUUGAAAUGGAUGGCUCCAGAAACUAUUUUUGACAGAGUUUAUACAACACAAAGCGAUGUCUGGUCUUUUGGUGUGUUACUUUGGGAAAUCUUCUCUUUAGGUGCAUCACCUUAUCCUGGAGUAGGAAUUGAUGAGGCAUUUUGUAGGAGAUUAAAAGAAGGCACAAGAAUGAGGGCACCUGAAUAUGCCACCCCUGAAAUAUACCAGACCAUGCUGGACUGUUGGCUUGGGGACCCUAAGGACAGACCCACUUUCACUGAGUUAGUGGAACAUUUAGGAAACUUGCUUCAAGCAAACGCUCAACAGGACGGGAAAGACUAUAUUAAUCUGACCACGCCACAGAACAUAGAGGAAGAUUCUGGUCUUUCGCUCCCGACAUCACCUGCUUCCUGCAUUGCAGAGGAAGAAUGUUGUGACCCAAAAUUCCACUAUGACAAUGCUCCAGGGUUUAGCAGGUAUGAACACGGGGGUAAAAGGACUAGCCGACCCGUGAGUGUGAAAACCUUUGAGGAUGUUCCUGUGGAACAAACAGCAACUGACAAUCAGACAGACAGUGGAAUGAUUCUUUCAUCUGAGGAACUGAAAACUCUGGAUAGCCGGCAGAAUCAAUUGCUGACCUUUGGCCCCAUGGUUCCCUGCAAGAGCAAAGAAUCAGUGGCAUCAGAAACCUCCAACCAGACGAGUGGCUACCAGUCAGGAUACCACUCUGACGACACCGACACAGCCAUGUAGACUAAUGAGGAAACAGAACUCUUACACAAGCAGGAAGCUGUUAAAUCCGGCUGUGUGCAGCCUGUGAAGUACAGCCCUGUCAUUCGCUACAGCGCGCCUCCGGUGUAGAAGGCACAGAAUAAUCAGAGGGCCCUGCUGUGUAGCCUGCUCACUGUAGUCUUGUGAAAGACUUUGCAAAGGAUGAUGAACUCUUGCCACUUGGGAGUAGGUGUACUGAAGUGUUGCGCCGGUCUCAAUAAUUGCAAACGAGUCGGAAGUCUUGGGUGAAAUGUUUUACUUUUGCGGUUCAAGCUUAGAUGAAGGUGUAUUUGUGGGUGUUCCUGCAUAAAUUCUCAAAAAGGGGGUGGACAUAGUGCAAAUCUGGUUUAGACAGCAAUAGACUGCACACAGGUGCCACUAUCCCCUUCCAGCUCAUUCUGAGAAUCUGUAUAGGACCAUGAUUUAUUCUGUGUUACCGGUAUGCUAAAGUAAAAAGAAAGUGCGCUAAGUAUUCAUUUGAUUUUAUUACUGUACUGUAUACUGUAUAAGCCUACUGUA